AUGAUAGUGUCAUUUCCUGGAGAUAUGUUAAUGAGAAUGUUAAAGAUGUUGAUUCUACCAUUAAUUGUAUCCAGUAUGAUUACAGGUCUGGCCUCACUUGAUGCUAAUUCUAGUGGUAGAAUGGGUAUGUAUGCUGUGGUCUAUUAUUUUGCAACAACAUUUAUGGCUAUAAUACUAGGUAUUAUAUUAGUAGUUAGUAUACAUCCUGGUACUUUUACUGUUAUUGACCGAGAAGAUAAUGAUUUAAUUGGUGACUCUCCUGUUAGUUCUUUAGAUGCUUUUCUAGAUUUAAUCAGAAAUAUUUUUCCUAAUAAUAUUAUGCAAGCCUGUUUCCAACAUACCAAAACAGUUUAUAAAAAGAAAUAUCUGAAAAUGGAAGAUACGAAUGGUACUGAUAUAAACAGUACUACUACAGUUCCACCUGUUACUACUAUGAUUAACAAUAUAAUAAAUAAUAUGACUAAUCAAUCUGAAGACGCAACUGAAAAUUUUGUUUGGACAAGAACUUAUCCUGCAGUAAAUGGAAUCAAUGUCCUUGGUCUGAUUGUAUUUUGUACUGUUUUUGGUAUUAUGUUAAGUAAAAUGGGUGAACGAGGUAAAAUUUUGGUGGAUUUCUUUGCCAUUUUAAAUGAAAUUAUUAUGAAGAUGGUUUUAAUAGUAAUGUGGUACUCUCCAGUUGGUAUCAUGUUUUUGAUUAUUGGUAAAAUAUUGUCAUUAGAAGAUCCAGCUGCUCUUGGAGAACGUUUAGGGAUGUAUAUGGUGACAGUGUUAGCUGGUUUAAUUAUACAUGCUUGUAUCAUUCUUCCUUCAAUAUAUUUUAUUAUCACUCGUAAAAACCCACUACGAUUGUUCAUUGGAAUAUUACAAGCUUGGGUUACUGCCCUUGGUACAGCCUCUAGUUCAGCUACUCUACCAGUAACAUUUCGAUGUUUAGAAGAGAAUUUGAAUAUAGAUAGACGUGUAACAAGAUUUGUAUUACCAAUUGGAGCUACUAUUAAUAUGGAUGGUACAGCUCUAUAUGAAGCUGUUGCUCCUAUCUUUAUAGCUCAGAUGAAUGGUAUAGACCUUAACUUUGGUCAGAUCAUUACAAUUAGUUUAACAGCUACAUGUGCUAGUAUAGGAGCUGCUGCUAUACCUAGUGCUGGUUUAGUUACCAUGGUGAUGGUUUUAACCUCUGUUGGUCUUCCUGCUGAUGAUGUUAGCUUAAUUCUAGCUGUUGAUUGGUUCUUAGAUAGAAUUCGUACAUCUAUCAAUGUAUUGGGAGAUAGUUUUGGUGCUGGUGUAGUUGCUCAUUUAUGCCGUCAUCAAUUAGAGCAAGAUCCUCAUGCACCCAUCGAUGAUAAAUCUAUAGAAUUAAUGGAAACAUCAGAUAAGAAAAGACAAAUAAAAGCUUCAUCCUAA